GGCUGAGCGUGAACCAAUCAGAGCGCUCCUUCCAAACCCCGCCGAGAAGGUCAACAUGGCCGACACCCCAGCCAGUUUUUCGCGCCAAAUGACGCGUUGUUUGGCUCCAUAGCUGGAAAUGGCUGCAGAUAUUCCUCGGCGCAGUCGUGUCUAGGUCUAAAUGGAAAAUUUCAAGAAGCAGUGCAAUAACCAACAACACACACACACACACACACACUUUUAGGCCUAUGAGAUGUGUGUAUGUUGAGAAAAAAAUUGGAAAAAAGGGGGAAUAAUUUUUUUUAGACAUAACUUGCUGGCAAAAAAAAAAUAGACAAGGAAAAAAGUAGAGGCCUAUAAAUCUAACCUGAAUAGACCCGUGUUAUAGUGGAGAGAGAAGAGCAAAGAGUUAACGAGUGUGUUUUGAGAUUCCCUUAGGCCUAUAGACACCAGAGACAGCCUAUUCAGAAACUUAUAGACCUGACCUAAUUAAAUAGACCCGUUUUAUGCUGGAGAGGAGAAGAGCAGAUAAUUAAUGAGUGUUUAAAGAUUCCCUCGGGCCUAUAGACACCAGAGACAGCCUAUUCAGAGAUUUGUAGACCUAACUUAACCUAACAGAACCCGGAAAAUUAUUUAAAUGUGUAAGUUUCCUGGAAAAUGUAAAAAGUGGAAAAUUUAGGCCUAUAAAUGAAAAACGAGUCUAAAUUCUUGAGUGGAUGUGAAGAUACCCCAAAAAUUUAGGCCUAUGAACUGAAAAAAUGCAAAAAAAUUAAAUCGAGUGAGAAUAAUAGAGGCCUUGAAAAAUUUGAAAAGAUCCUGAAUUUUUUUUUUAGGCCUACUGACACAAAAUGCCUAAAAAUGUGAAGUGAAGUCAAGAAUAACAAGAACUAUUUAUUUUGUGUGGAAGUUGAAAAAAAAAGAUUAAAAAAAUAGGCUUAGGCUGAACUGAAGGAAGAAGAAGAAGAAGAAGAAGAAGAAUUAAAACAAACAGGAGAACAAAAAUAGAUAAAUAGAUAAGAAAAGAGAAGAAGAAGAAGAAGAAGAAGAUAAAGUGAAGAAAAAGUAACACAAAACAAAGAAAUGAGAGAAAAACAACAAUAAAAGAAGCAAAACAAAAACAAGAAGGAAAACACUAACAAACAAACGAACACAAUGUCAGAACGGCGAACAUGUGGAAUAACCUAACCUAACCGCGUACAAGAAGAGGAGGAGGAGGAGGAGGAGGAGGCAGGGAAGAUGUCGGAGCGCCGGCGGAAACGAGGGCGCCCGCGGUCGACCCCAAUGCUGAGUUACGCGUCGGAGCUUAAGAUGCGUAACAGCAUAACCCGCGUCAUUAAAAAACCGCGGUAUUUGACGGAGAAUGACGAUGACAGCAACCACUCCACCCGUUCCACUUCACCCAACGGCGGCGGCGAAGAACGGAAGAAAAAUAAACGUGGCUAUAAUCUCGAUGUCGACGAUCGCGAGUCGGAAUAUUUAUAUGGCUCGGAUUUUGAGAUGGAGGACGCGGAGGAGGAGAGCGACUAUAAAGUGCGCGGUGACGACACACGCGACGAUGACCACGAAGAUUUUUUAACUGACGGGGAGGAAUCGGUCUCAAGUUAUGGAACAUCUCACUCUGGGGCUCCGGGGACACCUCUCUCCUUUCAGCCGCCGUCUAGACCCCCAACGCCAAUCCCAGUGUGGCUGCAGGACCGCCAGUACCCGCCACUAGACCUCCCUAAGUCCUCAGAUGACCUCCUGCUGCCUCGGUCGCACGUCCUUCGCGCUGUUGGUAUUUAUGAAGUCCUACGGCAUUUUCGAACUCUGGUGCGUCUAUCCCCAAUGCGAUUUGAGGACUUUUCCGCAGCGUUGGUGGCCGAGGAGCAGAGUGCAUUGCUGGCGGAGAUCCACAUGGCACUAUUAAAGGCACUCAUUCGCGAGGAGGAUUCACAGCAGACCCACUUUGGCCCCCUUGAUCAGAAAGACUCGAUAAAUGUGAUCCUGUAUUUUAUCGACGCGCUGACCUGGCCGGAGAGUCUGAGGCUGUAUUUGCAGAGUGAUGCUGAGUUCAGAGUGCCGCUGUCCAUCCUAAACAACUGUAACUACCCAUUCACGUCGCUGGAAAACAGGCUCCAAGUCCUUCAAUUCCUGUGUGACCAGUUUCUGCAGACGUCGGUGGUGCGUGAAGACCUUUUGAGCGAGGGGAAGGUGCGUUACGACGACCACUGCAGGGUGUGUCACAAGACCGGCGACCUCCUGUGCUGUGACUCCUGUUCCGCUGUCUACCACCUGGAUUGUGUGGACCCCCCCUUGCAAGAUGUCCCAGGAGAGAUGGAGGAUUGGACCUGUUCAGUCUGUACCACGCAUCAGGUGGACGGUGUGACAGACUGCAUAUCUCCAAUGGAAACUUCCGGGGUGUUGUGUCGGCAGGAUCCUUUAGGGUUUGACAGGCACGGGAGAAAAUACUGGUUUCUUGUACGACGGUUGUUCAUUGAGACUGAAGAGGGUGAGCUUUGGUACUACUCGACGCAAGCUCAACUGGAGGAGCUGCGUGACCUUCUUGACCCCCACGACCUGGAGGAGGACCUUUGUGGGGGGCUGGCGGAGGUCUGGGGGGAGCUCAAACGGCACAUGUCCAUCACUGAAACCAUUACAAACGCGUCGAAAGGCACCAGGAAGUCGUGUUUGGAAGUGGAAAAUGCGGAGGUAGCGAGGAGGGUGGAGGAAAGGAAGAAAAUGAAGCAGAAGAAAGUGGAAGGGAUUGACAACAUGAUAGAGGAGAUCAAAGAGGAAGACAUCAAGAAAGAAAUUAAGCAAGAGACUCCAGAUGACCUAACGUCCGGGAUGACCUCACUUGACCCAGUCACCGGCGAGCUCAGGAGGUCACCGCUGGACCCCCCCGAGGCUGAGAUCAAGGAGGAGGUGAAGGACGUCAAGGAGGAGAAGGAGGAGGAAGAGAAAAGGGAGUCAGGGGUCAAGACUAGGACAAGAACUGGGUCGUUGGUUCCUAAACAGUUCGCAGUGGAUGACCUCAGGCGCAGGAUACCGCCCCCCUCUGACCUCGACACCAAGGAGGGGGUCAAGGAUGGGCCGGAGGGGGUCAAACUUGUCCAGCUUCAGAAUAAUAACCAGCACUACAGGCUCGGGUGUGACGGGAAAUACAAGGUGUACGUCAACCAGUACACCAACAACCCUCUGGCACUCAACAAACUCCAGCACAACGAAGAGAGGGACAAGAAACGCCAUCUCUCUCACAAGUUUAGCCUUACUCCCACGUCUGAUUUUAAGUGGAAUGGGGUUAUGCAUGGCAACAUAGAGACACUAAUAUCCACAAUUCGCCACACCAUCCUCUCGCUGGAGCAGAACAUAUCCAUCCACCUUUACCAUCCACAUUGGUCUACCAUCCGCAAGUGGUGGAAUGCGGCAGUGCUGGCGGCCACCGAGCCACAUCAGUUCUCCAAGGUGUUGAUGUGGCUGGUGGCGUGUAUCAAGCCUGUCGUCUUUAAUCCGGUGUGGCACGACUCCUUGGGGCAUGUCAGGUUCAACAGAGUGACAGCAUUAGAGAGAGAGGAGAAGAAGAAGCAGGAGAAGAGAGACAAGAAGGAGGUGGAUCAAGAGGAACCAAGGCCUGUUACCAUGAUUAAAUACACACUGGGACUCAAACACCAGGUCUGGAAAUUGAAGGGUGAGGAAUACCGCGUGCACGUGUGGGGUUGGCAGUGGGUCUCGGCAAACCGCCCAGCCCGACACACCCCCAUGGGCUCUGUGGGGCUGCGUGCGGGGGCUAGCAAGCAUAUGGUCCCUGUGAAGAGCUCCGGGGGGCUGAAAUCUCUCUCGGUAAACCCUGGGAUAUACAAACAGCUGGCUGCCAAGAAUCCUUCCCUGCGUCCUUCACUCCUAUCGCCCAAACAGAGGAAGGAGGAGGAGGAAGAGGGCUGUGAGGAGAAGAAGGAGAUUUUGAUAACUGGUCCUAGCGGCCAGCAGAAGGUAGAAGUGGGAAACGUAACCCUAGAGGAAUUAUUUGAGUCUGACGGCAGAAUUAAUGUCUCGCACGGCCUCACACAUCGGUCCAGGUUCUUGUACCCUAAGGUGGCCCGCGGCUGUAGCCUGGAUGGUCUCCUGGGACGGUGUAUUGCGCAGCGGGGCCAGGACAGCAAGGACAAGGAGAUGGCCAAGAAACCCACCACCACCACCACCAACAAUAACAACAACAACAACAACAGCGGAGAGGAUGAGGAAGAUGAUGUCGAUGUAGAAAAUGAAGACACAGACGCGACACUCAGCGACACAUCGGACACAGCAAUUGAAGAGAUCCCAGCAUCACAGAGGUCAACAAUACACAAACAGCGACCUGCCGGGAAUUUACUAAAGGAGGUCAGGUCACUCAAAACCAAGUACGAGGCCCUGGAUACUCAAGACGGGUUCAUGAUGUGUUAUUCGGCGUGCUGUCGGAGAGACGGUCGGUGCAGCUGUUAUUCAUCGCUGUGUCUCCUCAAAGCGCGGACGAAAGAACGCUUGGUGAAUGCCGUUAAUAAUUACCGCAUUGUUGCCAGUAAACCAGCACCAUUUGAGGAAGUCGGGUCGCAUUCCCCAGUGCGUUUUGACCCCAAGGUUGAUGACGGAGGGAAUGGCGACAGCGAUGGCCGGUCGUCACGCGCCAGUGGGGAGAUAAAGAUCCGUGUCGACGAGGAUAUGGACGACGCAAGCCAGGGGUCAACAGGUUUGGAGCGAAGCGGAGGUGUGCCAACAACUGGAGCGGAGACUAGCACUGAAUCACCAGCAGGGCGUUUUUAUUUGAAGAAAACUGGUGACCGACGGAAGCGACCGGCUCACCGUCUGCCACAACUGUCUGUUUUCCGCAUCGGUCGCCGGAAAACGAAAGGUGUUGACCGCGCAGACGACAGGCGGUGUAGCAUACUGGUGGUGGCCGGUUGGGAGCUGCGGUUACUGGCCAGGAAGGGCGGCCGGUACCACGUGCAAGGGUUCAACCACAACGCUAAGGCAAACCAGGUGGUCUGGCCUUACCCCUGUCCCCGGCCGGUCUUCAAAACAACCUGGCUGUACCGCACCGCCACCACACCCACCCUCAACACCGCGUCCAUGCAGCUGCGGAUUCUAUGGGUGUGUCUACGCUGGGACGACAUGCAGGAGAAGGGGCCGGGGGACGGGCGUAAACAAGUCACCACCGACAUGGAGAUCAUACAGACGGAGGUGUUGAAACGUAAACACUCCGGAAGGUUCCUGGAGCGCACCUCGUACCUCAGGCGGAAGGUUAUCAUCCCCUUCGAUGUCCCCAAGCCUGUCAGAGAGUUCACGCCGUCGCAGCGCAGUGGUCUGCGGAAGCGUCGGCGGGCACAGUCUCCGGUGAACACACAGCCGCAGAGUGUGGAGGAGUGGGUGGAGGAGGACAAGCUGGACCUGUGGGAGAUCCGCUUCUUUGGGGAGUGUCUGGAGCGCGCUGCGGUGGUGACGCGGCGCGGUGGCGGCGUGGAGCGUGGUGAGGUGACAGCAGCAGCAGCGGGUGGCGGUGGCAGCAGUGGCGGGGCGACGGGUGCGGCGUCCAGCCCGGCGGAGAUCAGGGCACGCAUGGAGGAGCAACUCAAGAUCCAGCGGGCAAACUUCAACCAGAAGAGAGCGGCGGAGGGCGGCAGCAGCAGCAGUGUGGCCCUCACCCGCGGCGGGGUGGUGAAGCUGUCCCUGUGCUCCAGUGGGGCCAGUAGCGGGGCCGGUGGGCGUCUGGCAGCCCCGAAGGUGGUGCAGAGCGGGGCGUCCACCAUCAUGGCGGUGGGGGGACAGCUCCCUGCGCUGGUGGGGGGCAAGAAGAUUGUGGCAGCCCACGAGGGACGUAUCAUCACUGUGCAGACCGCCCCGGCCGCCGCCGCUGCCACCGCCACGUCCAGCAGCACUGCGGAGGGCGGGGCGGCCUCCACCAUCAGCCUGGGUAGCAGCACCAUCUUCCCUGUGGGCGGGGCAGGGGGCGGGGCGGCCAAGGUGCAGGUGGCAGCAGCCGGCAGCAAGGUGAUCCGCCUGCAGCCGCUGGCUGGCGGGUCAGGCCACCGCGUCAUCCUGCCCCGUGCCUCCGCCACCCCACAGCAGCUCACCCCCGCCCUGCGGUCACCCCGCCCUGUGGCACCAGCCCCGUCCUCCACCACCACCACUGCCGCCGUGGUGAGUAGCAGCGGGGCGGGGGCAGGGCGGGGCACGGGGCAGCAGAUCCACAUCAUCCGGCUGAUGGACGGACAGCUGCAGGUGCGGGGCCUGCUGGAGGGGCAGCAUGUGGUGCAGAAGGAUGGCAAGGUGCACUUCAUCACCAAGCCGGCCACUGCAGCGGCGGGCGGCGGCGGCGGCGGCAGUGGGGGGGUGGCCCCAGCCAUCCAGGUGACCCAGCAGACCAAGCCCUGCGGGGACGCCCCAAAGGCACACGUCCUCAAGGUCAACGGCCAGCAGGUCCUGGUGCGCCACAACACCGAUGCCACCAAGACCCUGCUGGCCCCUGCCCCCCCAUCCACUCCCUCCACAGACACCACCACCACCACUCCCUCCUCCACCGCACCCACCACCACCACCACCGCCGCCAUCCGGCCAGCUGGCCACACCUCGCCCCGCAUCAAGACCAUCCUGGCCCCGGACGGCACCAUGGUGAAGACAGUGCUGGCCAACAGUGCCAACACCACCACCUCCACCACCACCACCAUACCAACACCCACCACCACCACAGCCACCACCACCACAUCAGACACCACCACCACCACUACAACCACCACGACCACCACCACCACCACAGCCAGCACCACCACAAACACCAUCACCAGCACCACUACCAGCACUGCCACCACCACCACCACUACGGGCAGCAGCACCACCACCACCACAGGGUCUGGGGGCGGGGGCGGGGGGGGCAGCAGUCUAACGUUGCGGGUGCAGGUGCGGAUGACAGAGCAGGGGCCCAAAACCAUCAUCCAGGGUCUGCAGAUGGGCGUGGCACUCACCAAGGACCACAUCAUGGCCAUCCAGCAGCAGGUCCGGAACAUGCUGGCACAGUAUAAGCUACAAGUGAACCAGCUGUCUCCCUUAAUGACACUGACUCUGCAUAUGCCAAACAAACAAACAACAGCGAACCAGCAACAACAACAACAACAGCAACAACAACAACAACAAGAGGAAGGCUCGACCACUAAGCAGGUUUCCACAACUCAAAAUCAGACAGUGGCAUCGGAGGGCGGUGUGGGGGGGGGUGAGGCAGACAAGGUGGCGGCAGCAAGCAAGACCUCCACCGGCACUCCAGUCAAUGUCUCGCCAAAGAAAUUCGUCCUGACUCCAGAGUAUAUUCAGCAGACCAUCAAGUCAGCGCUGAGCCGGGAAGACCUCGCUCCGGAAAUUGAAGAGAAAUUGAUGCAGUUUCAAAAAUACAACAACGAGCAGACCAAGAAGGAGGAAGGCACCGGUCUGUCCGCCGCCACAGCCGCCACCGCCGCCACCCCCGCCUCCGCCCUCACUGCAACGGCAACGGCGACCAGGAGCGGCGGUGUGGCAAGGAAGGCUGCAGUUAAUUCUCUCACAGCCUCACGGAACUCUGGGGUCAAGAGAAGUAGAGACCAGGACGAUGCAGACUGGGACCCAUCAGAGGAAGGCAGCGGGGUCCUACCAGUCGCCACAACCCCCACCACAAAAUCACGCUCGAAAAAGCACCGUGGCGAAUCCAGAUCUUCGGAAACAACGUCGAAAUCUAAGAAAUCAUCAGCAAAGGCGGAAGCAGUCGAUGCAAAGAAGAGACAAGCACUACAGCAUAAACUGGACUCUCUGAUGACCAGACACAAGGACUUGCUGAAGAAGGAUAUCCUGAAGAAGCGGGCGCAGCUGGAGAAGGAACUGCAGGUCGAGAUUCAUAAGGAGCUCUCAGUCGCUAAGUUACAAUUGCAGCUGCAGGAGAAGACCAAGGCAGAGGCAUUAGUCACCACCUCCUCCCAGCGAAAGAAGAAGACAGUCAUAGAUUCCUCAGGUGUAGGGGGCCAGGCUGGAGGGGGUGAGAUCGGGGGGCAUCUGGUCCAUACCCCCUCCCCGCCUACUCUGGACACCCCCCAAGGCAAGCAUCACUCCAAGACCUCCUCCAUUUCUUCCUCCUCCAAGCCCAAUGCCUCCUCCUCCUCCUCCUCCUCUUCCAAGUCCUCCUCGGCUGCAAAGAAAUCGGCGAAGAAUAAAAACAAGAAGAUUGUGUGUAUUUGUCGCACUCCGUUUGACGACACUAAGUUCUAUGUGGGGUGUGACCUGUGUGGCAACUGGUUCCAUGGCGACUGUGUGGGCAUCACGGAGGCAAUGAGUCGCAGCAUGACGGAGUAUGUGUGUGACGACUGUGCCAACGCUAAGCUCAACAGGGAACUCUUCUGCUUCUGCCGCCAGCCUUACGACGAGACCCAGUUCUACAUCUGCUGCGAACAGUGUGAGGACUGGUACCACGGCAAGUGUGUGGGGAUCAUGCAGACUGAGGCAGACGAUAUUGACGACUAUAUUUGCCCUAAGUGUGACGCAAACAAUGUCUGGAACUACCCCUGCCAGAAGACACUCUCUGCUAAGGACUAUACCGACCUUAGAAAAGUUACCAAGAGUCUCAUUCAACACAAGAAUGCGUGGCCCUUCCUGGAACCAGUGGACCCUUCAGAGGUGCCCGACUACUACAAGGUGGUGAAGGAACCCAUGGACCUUAAGACAGUGGAGAGCCGUGUCGAGGAAAAAGCUUACCAAAGACUUGCGCAGUUUGUGGGUGACGUCAUGCUGGUGUUUGACAAUUGCCGACUUUACAACCCGCCCAAUUCCUCGUUCUGCUCCUGCGCCACCACCUUAGAGAGCUUCUUCUGCCAAAAACUGCGGAGUUUGAAGCUCAGACUUGGCCCGAAGCCUUAAAUAUUGGUUGUGGUUGUGCGUGUGUGCGCUGGUGGAUGUGUGAGUGCGUGUGUUUGUGUGUAGCCUUCUGAGACCUAUCUGUGGGUUUAGAGGCAUGGAAAAGAGUACUGAUCAUUUCCAAGCCUCUAAAAUGUGAACCUACAGUGCUGGAACUCUUUAAAAAGGCCUCUACUGCUGGAAAAUAAGUACUGUGGAUUUAAAAGCCUUCAGGACCUACAUUGUGUUGGAAAAAUGUACGUAUAGGCCUGGAACUCAUUUAAAAAGGCUUGUACCACUGGAAAUUAUGUACCUCUAUUAUUUCUAAGCCUCUGGAACCAAUGUGGGGCUGAAAACACACCGAAACUGCUGAAAACUCUCUCAGAAAACCUUGUAGCCACUGGAAGAUAAUUACCUCUCUCAUUUUCAAGGCUGUGGAAGCAAUGUGGGGCUGAAAACACACCAAAACAGCUAAAACUCACAAAAAUAACCUUGUAACCACUGGAAAACAAUUACCCCUCUCAUUUUCAAGGCUGUGGAACGAAUUUAGGGGCUGAAAAUACACCAAAACAGCUAAAACUCACAAAAAUAACCUUGUAACCACUGGAAAAUAUGUACCUCUGUCAUUAUGUACCUUUAAAAACACUGGAACUACAUUAAUAAACUUCUAGAACACACUUGAAACUUUAAAAACUAAAAAAAAACAUUCUGGAACCCACUUUUUACCACUGGAAAGCACCUGGAAACCUUCUGGAACCUGUGUACAGCUGGAAGAACACCACUAAACCUGCCUGGAACCUUUGUGGGACUAGAAUGAAGUUAUUUAAAGGGUAGGAAUGCAUUUAAGAGAUCCUGCAUUGGUAUCUUGGCUGGAAAACUGCCUGGAAACUGAAAAAUGCUGGUAAGGACAAAAAUUCACUCGGAAGAUGGGGAAAAUGAAACUAGAGGUAAAAAGGAAGAGAAAAGAAGUAUAAGAGAUUAAAGAGAGGAGA